UGCUGCUGCUUCAAAUUGACUGAAGUAUGAGAAGCGGCGACACACAAUGGAGCUGAGCGAGGGACGAACACAGUGAGCGCAGACUUUAUCUGUGUGUUGUCUCACAUUCGCACACGUCUUUAGUGUGCUGCUGUGGAGACGCAGCCAAACUACUACUACGAGUUUUUGUUUUUGUUUUCUUUCCCUUUCUUUUUUCGACACUUUCUGCUACUUUUGGACUCCGAGUUGCAUCAAGUACGAGGUCACCAUGCCUCCCACCACUCCGUAUGCAGGGAAGUUCAGCACCUGCGUGCCCUACAGCAACAACAACAACCAUCCUCAGCCUCACAGUCCGUAUCGCAGCGGCACCGCCCCCAAGCCCUCGAAGGAGAACAACAUCUACAACGGCGGCUACUCUGCCGCAGAGAACCCCUACGACAUCCCGCAGCCCCACUGCUCCUACCGCAGCUCCUCCGUCUCCUCCGUGGCGACGAAGGAGCACCACCACUACAACAACAACAACGGCAGCUGUUCGGAGAACCCCUACGCGUCCUCGCCGCAGCCGCGCAGCCCUCAGCAGCACAGCAGUUCGUGUCCGGGCCGCGCGCACCGCCACACCUCCUCCACCACCACCACCACCAGCAGCAGCAGUGGCAGCGGCAGCGAGCAGUCCUGUCGGAACAACUCCGCCCCGGGCAAAACUCGGUUUUACGGACAUGGCAUCACGGCAAGCUACGGGGAGAUGUGUUACCAUGACAACAGUUUGGUUUCAGCGUCCCUUGAGGCUCUGAUCCAGCACCUGGUUCCCACAGUGGACUACUACCCUGAUAGGUCGUAUGUUUUCACCUUCCUGCUGAGCUCACGCCUCUUCCUGCACCCGUACGAGCUCAUGACGAGGGUUUGUCACCUGUGUGUGGAGCAGCAGCGCUCCGGAGACGCCCUGCUGGAUAAGAUCCGUUUCCGCGAGGUGGCGCCGAAGCUGGUUCAGCUGCUGACUGAAUGGACGGAGACGUUCCCGUACGAUUUCAGGGACGAGAGGAUGAUGCGCUGCCUCAAGGACAUGACGCACCACGUGGCCCGAGGUGACGAGUACUCGUGGCGAGCCAUGCAGCAGAUGACCCAGCGCCUGAUCAAGCGUCUGUCGGCGCUCGGCCAGUACGAGGAGGCCGUGGCGGCGCUGAACGCCGUGGCCGCCGAGCGUCCCGCCGCCCUGAAGAGCAAACAGGCGUCGGGCCAGCGGAGCGACAUACUGAGCGUGUGCGACGACCCCUUCGUCCUCGCUCAGCAGCUCACACACAUCGAGCUGGACAGACUGAGUUUCAUUGGCCCCGAAGAGUUCAUCCAAACGUUCGCGAUGAAGGAUCCUCUAGAGAACCAUAAGGGUUUCUUCCGGAAGCGUAAGACCAGUAACCUGGAGGCCUACGUCAACUGGUUCAACAGACUCAGUUUCCUGGUGGCCACUGAGAUCUGCAUGCCCGUGAAGAAGAAACACAGGGCGCGGAUCAUCGAGUUCUUCAUCGACGUGGCUCAGGAGUGUUUCAACAUCGGCAACUUCAACUCCCUCAUGGCCAUCAUCACUGGGAUGAACAUGAGUCCGAUUGCCAGACUGAAGAAAACCUGGAGUAAAGUCAACACGGACAAGUUUGAAAUCCUGGAGCAUCAGAUGGACCCGUCCAGUAACUUCAGCAACUACCGUACGGCUCUCCGCGGCGCCACCCAGAGGUCUGAGACGGCUCACAGCAGCCAGGAGAAGAUUGUGAUUCCGUUCUUCAGCCUCCUGAUUAAAGACAUUUAUUUCCUGAAUGAAGGCUGUUCCAGCAGACUGGCAAACGGACACAUCAACUUUGAGAAACUGUGGGAGUUGGCAAAGCAGGUGAGCGAGUUCCUGGUCUGGCGUCAGGUGGUUUGUCCGUUCGACAGAGACCGACGGAUCCUCCAGUACCUCGUCACCACGCCGGUCUACACUGAAGACGAGCUGCACCUGGCCUCGUAUGAGAGCGAAGGGCCGGAGAACAACAUGGAGAAAGACAGUCGCAGGUCUCUCAGAUCGUCGCUGCUUCAUCGCGAGAACCGGUCGUAACUGUGAAACCAGUGACACCGUUUAUGACACUAUAAAACAUUCCUUAAAGCUACAUCAUCUUAUGUACAGAAGAGGACAUGCAGCUGGGACCACAGAUGACCAAGAGACCAUCAUCUGGGCUUUGACAAACACGAGGAGCACAGCUUUAAAGUGUUUGAUGAAAGCUGCUGCAGUUGUGUGUUAUCACAGCCGACUAUCAUGUGCGUCCUCGUGGCCUGAAAACGUUGUUGAAUUGCGAUGAUUCCCAUGAGGAGCUUCACAUUCCUGGUGUGGAUUACAAACUGUGUGCUUCUUCUUCUUCCUCCUCCUCAACUGCUCAAUCUGAGGCACUUAACUCGACAUUAGAAGACUCCGGAGGGCGCUCAGACGUGUAUGGAUUUCGUUUUAGAUCCUCCAGUGGAUGGACCUCCAUCAUGGCAGCAGCAUGGGAGGGGGGGGAUGCUCUUCUCCUUUUAACCCUCAUUGGUUUACUGGACAACAUUAGCACUGCUUUGUUCUUUUUUCCUGGCAGUCAGAAACCAGAGAGGCGAGGCGAGCUGUAUCAUCAAUAACAGGCCCUCAACAGCUGCUUUUUAAGACACGUUGCUGCUGCUGCUGCUGCUGCUGCUGCUUCUGCUUGUCGUCAAAUUAUUCUUUUGCUAUUUCGCUGCAACUCGACUCAUCGAUUACGUCAGCCGCAUAUUUUUCUCAGUUUUGGUUGUUAGCAUUUCGUGCGAUGUGGGCAAUCGCUGGCGAAUUUGCGACGCGACUUUUGUGAUGAUCAUGCAGCGGAAAUCAAAUGCACUUGAGUGAGCGUGCGAGCGAGCGUGGCGCUGUGCGUGUUGUAUUAUAGGUUUUUAUUGACUCCUAUUUUGAGGCGUCACUCUUUACAGUAUUAAGUUGUAUUUUGUAUCAGAAGGCUUAAAAACAAAACAAGUGUUUCCUUUUCCUGUACGCUCUUUCUCUGAUGCGUCACCGUGAGCUUGUUGCUGGUUGGCUGGCUCUGUGUUGGUAAGCUAUUUUUCGUUAACACACCAGUUCUUGUAUGAAAUGAAAUGAAAUGAAAUGAAAUGAAAAAGUGUUUGGGUUUUGAUUGACACAUUGAUGCCAUUUGAACUCUGAGUGGAAGUGAUGCUACAUUUUUAUGUGUUCAUGUAUUUUAUAUUUGUGUUUCUCAUGUAUGCUUUAUUUUUUAUUGUGUAUCAUUUGUGUCAUCGCCGGUCAGGGUACUUGUACUGACUUUGGUCUUUGUGAAAAAAGAGGAUUGUUAUAUAUUUUUCUUUCAAAUAAACAAAAUUGCUGCA